AUGUGGGUCACAGAGACAACAUGGUUUCUUCAAGUAGCGAAAAGGAGAAGAAAAAGCUUCAAGAGGAAAAGGAUUCUGGAGUCAUCGAGGUACCUGAUACCGAAAAUGUUUCUUGUCCCGUUUGCAAUGAGCGCAUGCCUGCCGAUCUUCUCCAAAGAAAACAUUUGGAUGAGUGCCUUCGUGGUACAACGCGACCUAAACGGCGUCGGACUGAGAUUCUGCUGUUUUUUCAACCUCGGAAGAAACGUGAAAUCGACCAUGAGCAUUUUUACUUCAGCGAAGCCCAUAAGCACCACCACGAGGCACGGCGUAUGCCAAAAAUGGAUUACGCUUCUCUUUCGACCCCAAAGCUCAAGGAAAAGUUGGCACAGCUUCAUCUCUCUAUUCUGGGUACACGCAGUCAGCUUGAAAUGCGAUACAAUCAUUAUUAUUUGCUACACAACUCGAAUCUUGACUCGAGCCGCCCAGUACUGGACUUGGAGCUUCGUCAAAAGCUCAAGCAAUGGGAAAGAUCGCACUCAGCAUUUUCUGCAGCUGCAAGUCCAAAUCCUGUGUUUGGGGAUCUGA